CGCCGUGGUAUAAAUGGAGCACUCGCGUCUCCCUCUUGUGUCGUCUGUCGCUGCUGCUGCUAUUUCGCUUCAAUCUGUUUCGAUCUUGAGACGGCCAUUCCUCAACAUCUCUACCCUGCAGCCGAUAUCUUCCCCACACGCCUGCUCUGAUCUUCAAGCCGCCAACCCACCCAUACCCAGUAAGUAGACGUCUGAACCAAAAUGGCCGCUCCCAAGGACUACACCUUCGAGGGGUGGCUCGGUAAGGGCCCCGAGGCGGCCAAGGGCAAGAUGGAAUGGGGUCAGUUCGAGCCCAAGAAGUGGACCGAGGACGACGUCGACAUCCGGAUCACGCACUGCGGCGUGUGCGGCUCCGACGCGCACGUCCUGGGCUCUGCGUGGUUCCCCACCAAGUACCCCUGCUGCGUCGGCCAUGAGAUCGUCGGGCGCGCCGUGCGCGUGGGCGACAAGGUCAAGGACAUCAAGGUGGGCGACCGCGUCGGGGUCGGGGCGCAGGCGCGCAGCUGCAUGCGCGACGACUGCCCCGAGUGCUCGAGCGGCAAGUACGUGUUUUGCUCGACGCCCGGGCAGAUGGUCAACACGUACGGGAGCACGUACCCGGACGGCGAGGGCAAGUCGUACGGCGGCUACGCCGACUACAACCGCACGAACGGCAACUUCGUCAUCAAGAUACCCGACGGCCUCGCGUCCGAGCACGCGGCGCCCAUGCUGUGCGGGGGCGUCGCCGUCUGGACGCCCCUGCGCGACAACGGGUGCGGGCCUGGCAAGUCGGUCGGCGUCGUCGGCAUCGGCGGCAUCGGCCACUUCGCCGUCAUGUUCGCCAAGAAGCUGGGCGCCGACAAGGUGGUGGGCAUCUCGCGGCGCCGGAGCAAGCGCGACGAGGUGCUGGCCAUGGGCGCCGACGCCUACAUCGCGACGGCCGAGGACGAGGGCUGGGCAAAGCACAACCGGCGCACGCUCGACCUCGUCAUCUGCACCGUCUCGACCGGCGGCAUGCCGCUCAACGACUACCUGGGCCUGCUAAAGCCUGGCGGCACCCUCAUCAACGUCGGCGUCCCCGAGGGCGGCGUCCUGCCGGCCGUCAGCGCCUUCAUCCUCAUCACCAACAAUAUCAAGAUAGGCGGCAGCCUCAUCGGCACCCCGGCCCGGAUCAAGGAGAUGCUUGAGUUCGCUGUCAAGCACAACAUCAAGCCCAUGGUCCAGACCAGGCCCCUGGCCGACGCGAACCAGGUCAUUGUCGACUUGGAGGAGGGCAAGGCCAGGUACCGCUACGUGCUCGUCAACGAGAAGCACGUGCGGGAGAGCAACCUGUAACUUGCCCAACUGAAUAAAGCUUUGUAUUUUUGUAUCGGGACACUGUUCGCUGCCAUCUCCCUCUCCCUUUGUAUUUGUUUUCCUCCGUCGUCCCUCGGACCUCGUGUGUGGGUAGGCUAUAUCGCUUGACGGCCUGGGUGUAUGUCAGUCAUAACGGAUAUUUUGGAUGCUGAAAAAAAAGGCAGGAUACCGAGAAUAGGAAAUAGACCAGAGCCUUGGCAAGCGUUCUCACAAAAUCGCGACAGGCAAAAACGUUGGUGAUGGUGGAACAAGACUGGUCAAGGGUGAGGUUUUGUGACAAAAAAAGGGGACAAGACAAGGAUCGACACAAAGUCUAAAUGACGCUGCCAAGCCCGUCAAAUCUUUU